UUACUGGAGGUUACGUACCACGGAGGAUACGUACCAGGAGGUUACGUACCAUUUUUGGAGAAAGCAGUAUGACGGAAUCAGCCCACUGUUUAGUUUGUUCUAAAGAAGUUACAAGAAGACAACAUGCUUUACAAUGCGACCAAUGUAAUAAUUGGCAGCAUCGUUUAUGUGGGACAGUCGAGCAACGGGUGACCACAGAUGAACUUGAAGAUCGACCACUUAAUAUACCUGAUAGGGAUGUUCAACGCCCUGCUAGAAUACUAGAUGUAUCAGUACGUGAACCACAUAUGGAUGAUGACGUCCCAGAAGAACAUGACAUUCAAUAUGAGCUAGUGGAAAAGGGAACCAAGAAAGGAGGGAAAAUGUUGACCGCAAGUAACGGGUAUUGUUUUAACGUAAAAAGAAAGAAAGACAACUUCACAUAUUGGGUGUGCAGCGUGCGAAGUGCGAAAGUCCGAUGUCAAGCAUGGGUCAAACAGUACAGCGAUACAUAUGUAGCAUCUAGCAGCUGUCAUGAACACCCCGCCGAUCCUAGCAUUAGGGUUAAGGUAAAGGUCACAGCGAAGGUUAAAGAUCUGGCUGCAAGAAAUAUCCACGUUCCUGCUGCUAGACUAGUUCAGGAAGCUGUCACAGAGGCUGUCACAUCUGACCUACCAUUUGUUCCAAACAUAGACAACAUAACGAGGGCAACUAACUUAUUUCGUCAGAAAAUGCGCCCAUCUGAACCAAAGGAAGAUGAUUUGUCGUUUACGUUGUCACGUGACUUCAUCAAAGCGGAUGAGUUCCUCGUGGAUGAUAUACGUGUGGGAGAGGAACGUCAUAUGACGGCAGCCCAGCUAAGCCACCUUCAGACUGCAAGGCGGUGGUUCAUAGACGGAACUUUUAAAGUGGUACGACGACCAUUUUAUCAGUUGAUGUCUGUUCAUGCUUUUGUUAAGAGUGGUGAACAUGUAAAACAAGUACCUCUUGUUUUUGUAUUGAUGUCAAGGAGAAGGAAGGAAGACUACGUUGAGGUUUUUUCACGACUGAAGGAGAAACUUGGAGAUCCGAUGGUAGAGUGGUUUAUGCUGGACUAUGAAGCAGCUGCGUGGCAGGCUAUCAGACAAACUUUCCCAAACACCAUCGUCAAGGGGUGUGUUUUUCACUGGCUCCAAAGGGUGUAUAGAAAGGUCAUUCAGCUUGGACUCGCCACCGCAUACUCUGAUAAGAGGGACAAGUUCCUUUUUAUUAGAAAGCUGAUGGCCCUUCCAUACCUUCCUGCGGAGCACGUGAGACCCACCUUCAUUGAGUUGGAGUCUCAAGCUGAAGAGUCCAGAUGCGUUCCCAUCAUAGAUUUGACAACUUACAUCCGAGAUACAUGGAUCGACGGCAGACUAUGGAAAGUGGAGAGCUGGUCAGUUUUCAGAGAAACCGUACGUACUAAUAACGAUGUUGAAGGCUGGCACAGACGUCUAAAUUCACGUGCAGGCGGGGCGCAGCUUGCAUUCUACGUUCUGGUGCCUCUUCUUUAUGGUGAGGCUCAGUUCGUCGACUUGCAAACUCGUCUCGUCUCACAGAACAUGCUGACAAGGGUACGCAGGAAGCAGUACAAGGCCAUCCAUGACAAGCUGUUCGACCUGUGGGACACGUAUGAAGACGGAGACAUAACUACAAAUCAACUUUUGAAAAAUUCAAGUCACAUCAUGGGCCUAGGACCAAUUCCAGCAACAGUGGAUGACCAUUGCGACGACGAAGAUCUUGAGUAGAUUCUGACAAGAGGACAGUAGCAUCCAGGAGCGGUUUAGGGGAGCUGAAAAAUAUGUGUUUGUAUAUAUGAGUCUGUAAAUAAAACGUUACCUGCAUAUGUACGGUGAUCAAUUAUGUUGUCUUGUUUAUUUCAGUAUAUUAUUAUUAUUCAGUGCGUAUAAAUUAAAUUAUUUUAAAAAUACUUGUUAAUUGUGUAUUGUUGUUUCAUUUCAGAGCGUGUAACAUAAUUAUGUGUUUUUAUAUAUGAGUCUGUAAAUAAAACGUAACCUGCAUAUGUACUGUUAUCAAUUAUUUUGUCUUGUUUAUUUCAGUAUAUUAUUAUUAUUCAGUGUGGAUAAAUAAAAUAUUUUAAAAAAAUACUUGUUCAUUGUGUAUUGUUGUUUCAUUUCAGAGCGUGUAACAUAAUUAUGUGUUUUUAUAUACGAGUCUGUAAAUAAAACGUAACCUGCAUAUGUACUGUUAUCAAUUAUUUUGUCUUGUUUAUUUCAGUAUAUUAUUAUUAUUAAGUGUGGAUAAAUAAAAUAUUUAAAAAAAUACUUGUUCAUUGUGUAUUGUUGUUUCAUUUCAGAGCGUGUAACAUAAUUAUGUGUUUUUAUAUAUGAGUCUGUAAAUAAAACGUAAUCUGCAUAUGUACUGUUAUCAAUUAUUUUGUCUUGUUUAUUUCAGUAUAUUAUAUUAUUAUAUUAUUCAGUGCAGAUAAAUAAAACUCAAAAAGUAUUUUUUUUAUGUUAAUUGUAACAUAAUUAUUGUUAUUUUCAUUUUAUGCACAGUUCGGUUAACGUGUAAAUAAAACUUGUAAAUGUAAACUUCGUUUGUUCGUUUCAGUUUUGUGUUGUAAAUAAAACUUGUUUAUUAUCGUUAAUUGGUUUGUUCUUUAUUCUUUUAUAUUCAUACAUAUUUAAUCUCAUUACAAAAUUAAUACAAUUAAUGCGCGAACUUGAACAAUAAACCUGAUAGUUUCACACCUUAUCCCUUAUUAUCACUUUAUUAUAUAUUUCUAUAGUGGUACGUAAUCUAUUAUAUAUUUCUAUAGUGGUACGUAACCUCCAAAAAUGGUACAUUUAUGCAGUGGUACGUAACCUCCAUGGUACGUAACCUCCAA